AUGGACGAAUUGUCGUUAAUUAUUCAUUCAUCAAUUAAAGGUUUUCUUGAUGUUAGUGAUGAUGGACAUGAAAUUGUUUGUGUUGGUUCAAUUGAAGCAUUAAAGCAAUUAUCUGAAGUUUCUAUUGAUGAUAUUCAUCGUGAAGUUGUUGAUGAAAUAACAAUUCCAUCACGAUUAGGUAAAGGUUUAUUACGACAAGUACCUGAAGUAUUUGAUCGUUGGUUUGAAUCUGGUUCAAUGCCUUAUGCACAAGUUCAUUAUCCAGUUGAUGGACGUCGUACAUUUAUGGAUACAUUUCCAGCUGAUUUUAUUGCUGACGGUAUUGAUCAAACACGUGGAUGGUUUUAUAGAUUAUUAGUUAUUUCAACAGCUUUAUUUGAUCAAUCACCAUUUAAAAAUUUAAUUGUUAAUGGAAUUAUUUUAGCAAGUAAUGAAGAAAAAAUUACUGAUGCACUUAGACUUUACUUAAUAACAUCACCUGUUGUACGUGGUGAACCACUUAAAUUUAAAGAAGAAGAUGUAUUUUUACUUUGGUAUAAUGCAUUACGUCUUCUUAUUCAAUCAUGUGAUCAAUUAAAAAUUGAGAGAAAAGUUAAUUUUAUUUAUGAUGAAAAACGUUUAUAUUCAUCAAUGUCAUCAAAUACAAAUGUUAUGGAUACAUGA